GCAGGGACUGUCAGUAAAACAAAGUUAUGUUCAUCAUUAUUGUCUAUAAUAAGCAAUACUUCAUAGCAAAACACUUCAUAUUAGAGCAGGCAUUGCUUUACAGUAUUGCCAUAAACUACCUUCUACUGUUCAUCAUUGCUUGGUGGGGCCCAUUGGACUUCAUCUGCAGGAUAUCACACCAUCAGUGCUUGGUGGGGCCCAUUCCACUCCAUCUGCAGGAUAUCACACCAUCAGUGCUUGGUGGGGCCCAUUCCAUUCCAUCUGCAGGAUAUCACACCAUCAGUGCUUGGUGGGGCCCAUUGGACUUCAUCUGCAGGAUAUCACACCAUCAGUGCUUGGUGGGGCCCAUUCCAUUCCAUCUGCAGGAUAUCACACCAUCAGUGCUUGGUGGGGCCCAUUGGACUUCAUCUGCAGGAUAUCACACCAUCAGUGCUUGGUGGGGCCCAUUCCAUUCCAUCUGCAGGAUAUCACACCAUCAUUGCUUGGUGGGACCCAUUCCACUCCUUCUGCAGGAUAUCACACCAUCAUUGCUUGGCAUGCCCAUUCCAUUCCAUCUGCAGGAUAUCACACCAUCAGUGCUUGGUGGGGCCCAUUCCAUUCCUUCUGCAGGAUAUCACACCAUCAGUGCUUGGUGGGGCCCAUUCCACUCCAUCUGCAGGAUAUCACACCAUCAGUGCUUGGUGGGGCCCAUUCCAUUCCAUCUGCAGGAUAUCACACCAUCAGUGCUUGGUGGGGCCCAUUCCACUCCAUCUGCAGGAUAUCACACCAUCAGUGCUUGGUGGGGCCCAUUCCAUUCCAUCUGCAGGAUAUCACACCAUCAGUGCUUGGUGGGGCCCAUUGGACUUCAUCUGCAGGAUAUCACACCAUCAGUGCUUGGUGGGGCCCAUUCCAUUCCAUCUGCAGGAUAUCACACCAUCAGUGCUUGGUGGGGCCCAUUGGACUCCUUCUGCAGGAUAUCACACCAUCAUUUCUUGGCGGGCCCAUUCCAUUCCAUCUGCAGGAUAUCACACCAUCAUUGCUUGGUGGGACCCAUUCCAUUCCUACUGCAGGAUAUCACACCAUCAUUGCUUGGCAGGCCCAUUCCAUUCCAUCUGCAGGAUAUCACACCAUCAUUGCUUGGCAGGCCCAUUCCACUCCUUCUGCGUGAUAUCAUGCCAUCAUUGCUUGGCAGGCCCAUUCCACUCCUUCUGCGUGAUAUCACGCCAUCAUUGCUUGGCAGGCCCAUUACACUCCAUCUGCAGGAUAUCACACCAUCAUUGCUUGGUGGGGCCCAUUCCACUCCUUCUGCGGGAUAUCACACCAUCAUUGCUUGGUAGGGCCCAUUCAACUCCUUCUGCAGGAUAUCACACCAUCAUUGCUUGGUGGGACCCAUUCCAUUCCUUCUGCCGGAUAUCACACCAUCAUUACUUGGUGGGGCCCAUUCCACUCCUUCUGCAGGAUAUCACACCAUCAUUACUUGGUGGGGCCCAUUCCACUCCUUCUGCGGGAUAUCACACCAUCAUUGCUUGGUAGGGCCCAUUCAACUCCUUCUGCAGGAUAUCACACCAUCAUUGCUUGGUAGGGCCCAUUCCAUUCCUUCUGCGGGAUAUCACACCAUCAUUGCUUGGUAGGGCCCAUUCCAUUCCUUCUGCGGGAUAUCACACCAUCAUUGCUUGGUAGGGCCCAUUCCAUUCCAUCUGCGGGAUAUCACACCAUCAUUGCUUGGUAGGGCCCAUUCCAUUCCUUCUGCGGGAUAUCACACCAUCAUUGCUUGGUAGGGCCCAUUCCAUUCCAUCUGCGGGAUAUCACACCAUCAUUGCUUGGUGGGGCCCAUUCCAUUCCAUCUGCAGGAUAUCACACCAUCAGUGCUUGGUGGGGCCCAUUCCAUUCCAUCUGCGGGAUAUCACACCAUCAUUGCUUGGUGGGGCCCAUUCCACUCCUUCUGCGGGAUAUCACACCAUCAUUGCUUGGUAGGGCCCAUUCCAUUCCUUCUGCAGGAGAUCACACCAUCAUUGCUUGGUGGGGCCCAUUCCAUUCCUUCUGCGGGAUAUCACACCAUCAGUGCUUGGUGGGGCCCAUUCCAUUCCUUCUGCAGGAGAUCACACCAUCAUUGCUUGGUAGGGCCCAUUCCAUUCCUUCUGCGGGAUAUCACACCAUCAUUGCUUGGUGGGGCCCAUUCCAUUCCUUCUGCAGGAGAUCACACCAUCAUUGCUUGGUAGGGCCCAUUCCAUUCCUUCUGCAGGAUAUCACACCAUCAUUACUUGGUAGGGCCCAUUCCACUCCUUCUGUGGGAUAUCACACCAUCAUUGCUUGGUGGGACCCAUUCCAUUCCUUCUGCAGGAUAUCACACCAUCAUUGCUUGGCAGGCCCAUUCCACUCCAUCUGCAGGAUAUCUGACGUCAUUGCUUGGUGGGGCCCAUUCCACUUAAUCUGCAGGAUAUCACACCAUCAUUGCUUGGCAGGCCCAUUCCAUUCCAUCCACAGGAUAUCUGACAUCAUUGCUUGGUGGGGCCCAUUCCAUUCCUUCUGCAGGAUAUCAGAAGUCAUUGCUUGGUGGGGCCCAUUCCAAUCAAUCUGCAGGAUAUCAGACUCCAUUGCUUGGUGGGGCCCAUUCCACUCCAUCCACAAGAUACCAGACGUCAUUGCUUGGUGGGGCCUUUUCCAUUCCUUCUGCAGGAUAUCAGACGUCAUUGCUUGGUGGGGCCCAUUCCACUCCAUCCACAGGAUACUAGACGUCAUUGCUUGGUGUGGCGUAUUCCAUUCCUUCUGCAGGAUAUCAGACAUCAUUGCUUGGUGGGGCCCAUUCCACCCAAUCUGCAGGAUAUCAGACGUCAUUGCUUGGUGGGGCCCAUUCCACUCCAUCCACAGGAUAUCAGAUGUCAUUGCUUGGUGGGGCCCAUUCCACCCAAUCUGCAGGAUAUCAGACAUCAUUGCUUGGUGGGGCUCAUUCCACUCCAUCCACAGGAUAUCAGACGUCAUUGCUUGGUGGGGCCCAUUCCACCCAAUCUGCAGGAUAUCAGACGUCAUUGCUUGGUGGGGCCCAUUCCACCCAAUCUGCAGGAUAUUAGACAUCAUUGCUUGGUGGGGCCCAUUCCACUCCAUCCACAGGAUAUCAGAUGUCAUUGCUUGGUGGGGCCCAUUCCACCCAAUCUGCAGGAUAUCAGACGUCAUUGCUUGGUGGGGCCCAUUCCACUCCAUCCACAGGAUAUCAGACGUCAUUGAGCACCAGCUGCAUGCUCAGCACACUAUAGCCGUGUUGUAACUUGCUGUAUAUGUUCAUUGCUGUGAAAAAUAAAAGCAGAUUCCUUAUUUA